AUGGUUGAGAUUGAGACGAAUCUCAAGUUGAAGUGUCUAAGGUCUGAUAAUGGUGGUGAGUAUAUCAGCGGCGAGUUCACGAGAUACUGCGCUGAUAACGGGAUCAAGAUGGAGAAGAUUAUUCCUGGAACGCCUCAACAGAAUGGAAUAGCGGAAAGGAUGAACCGAACCUUGAACGAGCGUGCAAGGAGCAUGAGAUUGCACUGUGGAUUACCAAAGACGUUUUGGGCAGAUGCAAUCAGUACCGCAGCCUUCUUAAUAAACAGAGGACCGUCUGUACCAUUGGGAUUUAAGAUCCCUGAAGAAGUUUGGAGCGGAAAGAAAGUAAACCUUUCUUAUCUAAAGGUGUUUGGUUGCUUAGCUUAUGUUCACAUUGACGAUGCUGCAAGAAAUCAUCCGCAGCAAAAUGUUGUGUUCAACGAAGAAGCGUUGUACAAGGAUAAGCUAAGAGAAGGCUCAGAGAGGAAAGAGCCUGGAGCUGUUGACUUAGAAGAUAUCCUGACACCGGAGUUGCCACAGGAUACCGCAACAGCAGAAGGAGAAAUCUCUCAAGACGAGAGUGGUGAGGCUGAAGAAAGUGAUGAUUCUGAAGUGGUCCCAUAUACACCAGUCACGGAGUUACGACGGUCAAGCAGAAUCAUCAGAAAGCCAGUAAGAUUCUCUCCAUCGCUCAACUACAUUCUGCUCACAGACAGAGGCGAGCCUGAAUGUUAUGAGGAAGCUAUGCAAGUUGAUGAGUCGACCAAGUGGGAGCUUGCAAUGAACGACGAGAUGGACUCGUUGUUAUCCAAUCACACGUGGGAGUUAGCAGAUUUGCCUAAGGAGAAAGAGGCAUUGCAUAAUAAGUGGGUCUACCGAAUAAAAGAAGAACCUGAUGGAAGUAAGCGCUAUAAAGCAAGGCUUGUUGUGAAGGGAUUCCAACAAAAAGAAGGCGUUGACUACACUGAAAUCUUCUCUCCUGUAGUCAAGAUGGUGAUCAUCAGAACGGUUCUUGGGCUGGUAGCACAAGAAGGUCUGCAUCUUCAACAAAUGGAUGUGAAGACGGCAUUUCUUCACGGUGAUUUGGAUGAGGAAAUUUAUAUGAAGCAACCCGAAGGCUUUGAGAUCAAAGGGAAGGAAAGCCUUGUUUGCAAGCUAAAAAGGAGUUUGUACGGCUUAAAACAAGCUCCAAGACAGUGGUACAAACGGUUCGAUAGCUUUAUUAAAGGCGUUGGUUUCUUGAGGUGUGAAGCUGACCACUGUUGUUACUUCAAGACGCUUGAAGAGUCCUACUUGAUAUUGCUCCUAUAUGUCGAUGACAUGCUGAUAGUAGGAGCAGACUUGCACGAGAUCAAUAGCUUGAAGACAAAACUCUCAGAAGAGUUUGCGAUGAAAGACCUUGGAGAAGCAAGACAGAUUCUAGGGAUGAGAAUCAGUAGGAGCAAGGAAGGUCUUAAGCUAUCACAAGAGGAGUAUGUGAAGAAAGUCCUCAAGAGGUUUAACAUGGAUGACGCGAAGCCAGUUAGUACUCCCCUGGCAAGUCACUUUCGGUUAUCCAGAGAACAGUCUCCAAAGACGGAAGACGAGAUGGCAUGUAUGGAUAAAGUUCCAUAUGCUUCUGCUAUUGGCAGCCUGAUGUACGCGAUGAUAUGUACAAGGCCAGACAUUGCACAUGCAGUGGGAGUCGUCAGCAGAUUUAUGAGCAAUCCAGGGAAGGAACAUUGGGAAGCCGUUAAGUGGAUUUUCAGAUAUCUAAAAGGAAAUCCAAGUUUAUCGCUAUGUUUCACGAAGUCUAAGACGGGAUUGCAGGGAUAUGUUGAUGCUGACAAUGGAGGUGACAUUGACAGCACGAAGAGCACAACCGGGUAUGUCUACACCUUUGGCGGUACUGCAAUUUGUUGGGUUUCAAAGUUGCAGAAAAUUGUAUCUCUAUCAAGCUGUGAAGCUGAGUAUGUUGCGGUAACGGAGGCAACAAAAGAGAUGAUAUGGCUACAGUCUUUUCUAGAAGAGCUAGGCCAUGACCAAGGGAAGGUGUGUUGUACUGUGACAGUAAAAGUGCCAUCGAUUUGGCAAAGAAUCCGGUUUACCAUGCUCGGACGAAGCACAUACAUCGUCGGUAUCAUUUCAUCAGAUCAGCGUUGGAAGAUGAAAUGUUGGUGCUUGAGAAGAUCCCAGGAAGCAAGAAUCCGGCAGACAUGUUGACGAAGGUCGUGCCGUAUGACAAACUGAGGUUGUGUGCAACCUCAGUUGGCUUGUCAGAGUAACAAGCUGAGAAGACCUGCUACAUUGAUCAAGGUGUGAAGACAGAUUGAAAUCAGUCUUCAAGUGGGAGAUUGUUGGUCAAAAAUAUCAACGCAUGCAAGUUGGUGAUGGUGAAGAACACGUUUUUUUUUUUCUCUUUGGUUUUUUGGUUGGUAAGUUUGGUUGUUACACCAACUCACCACCAACUCACAAAUCCCCUCCUAUAAAUAGAUGCAUGAAGGAGAAGGGGAAAAUCAUCCCAAAACAAGAAGAGAAGAAGAAGAGAAAAACGUGAGAGAGAGAGAAAAAAAAAACUUUUUUUCUCACAAAAAAUCUUCUUUAAGAAAUUACGAGUAAUUUCUGAGUGUAUUUGGGAUCGGGGUGUGAGUUGUGAGCUUGUAAAAUUUCCUUGGUUGAUAAUAAAAGAUCUGUAGCAGGUCCGGAGACGUAGGCAACAUUGGCCGAACUCCGUUAACAAUUUUGUGUUCCUCCGAAACCUAUUGCGAGAAUUCCUGCAGCCUCUACUUCCUCCUUUAGUUUUUGUUGAUGAAGAAGAAGAAUCUACAGAAGGUAGGAGAGAAGAGGAAGAGUGAAACUAACUCAUCAUCGUCAUCACAAGGUCUGCCGCUUAGUGAUGGCCGUGAGAUUAAAAAAGUAGAAACAGAGCUGCUGCUACAGAACCCAUUAAGACAUUUCCCACCCAACAGCUUCCUACGAUGAUAAAUGUUAUCAUCAUCUCUACCAACAACCAUAACAGACACGAUCUUCUGAGUUUGAGAUUUGAGCUUUUGUCUAUAAAGCUCCUUGAAUUCUUUUCCUAUUUUGUGUACUGAGAUCUAUGUAUCAUGCUGAGCUUUCCGUCUGUUCUUGAAACUGAGUUCUUAAAAAUUUAACUGAUUUCAGUUAGUUACUUAAA